UUUCUUGAUGCUAAAGACAGAUAGAUCCGUGAAAUAAAAGAACCAGCAAGGCAAGCCUUGAAAGCUUGAAGCUUUUUUCUGCAAUUUCGUUGCCCUGUCUUUCAUCUUAUAUUUGAAUCCCCGUUUUUGCUCUGUACUUGAUGACUAAGCAACAAGCUAACUGGUCUCCAUACGAUAACAAUGGAGGAUCUUGUGUUGCGAUUGCUGGCGCCGAUUACUGUGUUAUCGCCGCCGACACUCGAAUGUCCACUGGCUACAGUAUUCUCACCCGGGAGUACUCCAAAAUCUGUAAACUAGCUGACAAAAGUGUAAUGGCAUCUUCUGGCUUUCAAGCUGAUGUGAAAGCCCUACAAAAGCAUUUGGCAGCUAGGCACUUGAUCUAUCAACAUCAACACAACAAGCAAAUGAGCUGUCCUGCCAUGGCUCAACUACUCUCCAAUACUCUCUACUAUAAGCGCUUCUUUCCCUACUAUGCUUUUAAUGUUCUAGGUGGCCUUGAUAGUGAAGGAAAGGGCUGUGUCUACACUUAUGAUGCUGUUGGUUCCUAUGAGAGGGUUGGAUAUAGUGCUCAGGGUUCUGGUUCCACUCUUAUCAUGCCAUUUCUGGAUAACCAACUGAAGUCUCCCAGCCCCCUCUUAUUGCCUGCCCAGGAUGCUGUAACUCCACUUUCAGAACUGGAAGCUGUUGACUUGGUGAAAACUGUUUUUGCAUCUGCAACUGAGAGGGAUAUAUACACUGGGGAUAAGCUUGAAAUUGUCGUCCUAAAUGCUGAUGGUAUUCGUCGGGAAUAUAUGGAACUCAGAAAAGAUUGAGCUGGCCAAAAAUCUUGUUUGUCUUGUCAUAAGUUGCUUGAGGAAAUGCCUGGAUCACCCUUUGGUACACUUGUCAUGUUUGAUGUUUCAGCUGUUUAAGCAUUUUCAUCCUGUUGAUCGGUAACUUUUAAAUUAGCAUAACUUGAACAAAUAUAUUUUCUAGUGUAGAUUUUCACCAAUGACGCAAUUCAUGUCUUGGAACAUAUGUGGUUGCAUUUUGAUCGGCUAGUUUGAAAAUUUUAUGGCCUGUAAGUAAGAAUUUAAUGAAUGAAGUCCUUAUUGCACCA